AGCAAAGCAUGCUGGACCACAGUUCUACGCCCAAAAUGGCGGCACGAUUGAAAAGUUUUGCUUGUCUUUUCCGAGUUUGUCUUAUGUACAGAUUAUUUCUUUGAUUGUUUUAGCUGCACGGAAACGUACCGUUUUCACAUUUGUAUCGCAUCAGUGUUUUACCAAUGACUGAGGAGUAAGAUAAACACCAGCAUGGCGUUAAGUUUUCAGCCCAAAUUCAGGCAUCACUUUACUAAUGCUAGGCUAGGCUAAGCUAGGCUACAAGCCAACUACUGUCAGAUGAGUUAGUGAAAAUGCUUUUGUAGUUAUGUCCUCUCUCUCUUGGACCUCCACUCUGGGAUGGAUAUGAAGAAGAAGACCGCCUCAUAGAAAUGGAGGAUGAUGUGAAAAAAGUGAAAAAGCCUGGUAUCGUGUCCCCGUUCAAGCGAGUCUUCCUGAAAGGAGAGAAGGGGAGGGACAAGAAGGCUCAGGAGAAGGCUACAGAGCGCAGGGCCCUACACACCUUUUCACUCUCUCAGCCCGACCACCGCAUCGAACCUGACAUCCUGCUUAACGACUACAUUGAGAAGGAAGUCAAAUACUUGGGGCAGCUGACAUCAGUUCCAGGAUACUUGAACCCAUCUAGUCGCACAGAGGUGCUACAGCUCAUUGACAAUGCAAGGAAGUCCCAUCAGUUGGCGGGCCAGCUGACAUCCGAACAAGACGCAGUGGUGAGUUUGUCGGCGUACAACAUAAAACUAGUAUGGCGCGAUGGAGAAGACAUCAUCCUGAGAGUACCCAUCCAUGAUAUUGCUGCUGUGUCCUACAUCAGGGACGACUCAUUGCACCUUGUGGUGAUCAAAACAGCCCAGGAGUCAGGAGGCUCUCCUUGUCCCAGCUCAUGUCCUGACCUCAACAAAUCUCAGACCCUGAGCUCCUUAUCAGAGAGUGGAGCUGUGCUUGUGGAAGUCUGCUGUCUGCUCGUACUGGCUGUUGAUAACAAGGCGGCUGCAGAGGAACUGUGCCUUUUGCUCAGCCAGGUCUUUCAGAUCGUCUACACAGAAUCAACCAUUGACUUCUUGGACAGAGCCAUAUUUGAUGGAGCAACCACACCCACAAGACACCUUUCGCUGUACAGCGGUAAGGAAUGGAACAGAUCAGUGCUGUUUGUUAAGACAUUUGUUAAAUUUCAGAAUUUCACAUGUAAACAUUUUGCAGAUGACUCUUCAAGCAAAGUUGAUGUUAAAGAGGCCUUUGAAGAAGAAGGCGGCACAUUUCCUUUCCAGGCUUCUGUGGAAGCAGAAGGAAACUCCCCAACAACGUCCACCCCAGCUUCUCCUCAGACAAAGACUGCGAGUGAAGGAGAGCUCAGUACCACUGCUACAGAGCUGCUGCAGGACUACAUGACUACACUGCGGACAAAACUGUCAUCGCAAGAGAUCCAGCAGUUUGCUACCCUGCUCCAUCAAUACCGCAAUGGUGCAUCCAUCCAUGAGUUCUGCAUUAACCUUCGACAACUUUACGGUGACAGCAGGAAGUUCCUCCUCCUUGGUCUCCGACCCUUCAUACCAGAGAAAGAUAGUCAGCACUUUGAGAAUUUCCUUGAGACGAUCGGUGUCAAAGACGGCCGAGGAAUCAUCACAGACAGCUUUGGCCGAUAUCGGCGUACGGCAAGCUCCGCCUCCGAUUCCACCACCAACGGCAACGGUGCAGUGGGAGGAAGUGGCGACAGCGUGGCCUCAGACGAAGGUCAGGAGGCAUCGGCGGGAGAUGAGUGGGACCGCAUGAUCACCGAUAUCAGUAACGACAUCGAGGCUCUCGGCUGCAGCAUGGACCAGGAGGGAGUGGCGCCCUGACACGGUCGACUGAGAACUGUACGGAUACGGACUGACAGCCUCUCGUCAAAUGUACAGUAGGCAUGAGCUGAACGGAUCAGAUGAAGGUGGUCCUUGGCACUGACCUAAGAUUUGAUUAUUUGUAUAUUCCUCUAAUUGUCAAGAGGACGUUCCGUAGUCCAUAAGCACUCAAGGAAAACCUCAGCUUAUUACCAUGAAAACAUGAAGUCAACAAACGCACUUAUGCAGACUCUGUCGAUGACGUUUGGGUAGUUUGUUGGGGGUUUUUUUUGCAUUGCAGGAGGAUUUGAAGCCUCUUGUGUGUUUUUUUUUUUUAAAGUUUCUUUGAUAUUUGUACUCCUUUUAUUGGCAGUAUCUGCCACUGCUGUCGGCAAUGUAGCGAGAGGACUGUGUGAUUGUUUAAGAAGGUUAAGAGUGAAGCUGUCGUGGUUUUAUUAUAAGUCAUUAAGCAGUUUCGCCCACCAGAAGAACUUUGGUUUAAUGGAGUUAUUUCACGUGUGUACGUUUGCUGUGAGAGUGUAAACAUUUUUGCUAUACAAGUUUGUUUUCAGUAGGAUUAUUGUACCGUUUUUGUCUCACACUAUAAUUUGUUAUAAGUGUUUACUCAUUUAUAUAUAAUUUUGCCUUAUUAAAACUGACCAAGGAAAUGCUGUAAAAACAAAAAACAAAAAUUCUCAUUCAGUUGUGCACGAUUGAGUGGGGACUGUAUUUUGACAAAGCCAGUAAGCUGAUGGCUGAUGUAACUUUAUGAUUCUAGAUAUUUGUUUUUCUCAUGCAGGUCAUAUUGUUGUGUCUCGUGACAUCACAUCUGUCAUUGUGCCUUUUUUCCCGCUGCAGUACCGUUGCCAACCGUCUUGUCACAUGCAGACAAGUCCUGAUGAGCUGUACCUUCAUUUGUUGAUCAAAUCAUAGUUAUUAAAUAACAGCUACUUCA